GCGACUAAUAUAGCACACAAUGAACGCUCUACAUGAAGGUAAAUAUUUAGAAUGUUGUACGCCGUUGGAGGUUUUUGUCACUUGUGUCAUCUGGCAAGCAAUCGUUAAGUUUCAUCACUAGCUAGCAACAGGCAACGGAAUUCAAACGAAGACGGGUUGAUUUAUUUUCGACGGGAAAAGCAAUUUCGAAGUUUGAGAAAACGGGAAAAGUUUGAAGCCAUGGCGGGCAAACUCCAUCUAUUUUUCUUAUCUCUAAUCUUCGGAAAUAAAGGUUUUCUAGUUGUAGCACAAGGAACAGCUAAUGCUUUGCCUCAAUGCAACGGUUUCGGUAACCAGUUGAUCGUCCCACUGCAAACAACAAACCUAAUGGAGUGUGUGUGGCAGGUGACCGCCCCUCCAGGGCAACACGUCAACCUGAAUGUCGUCUUCAUGCAGACAGAUGAACACGAAGAGAUCGCCGUCUACGACCACGGGACGUCGACCGAUGACCAGUACCUUGUGUCUAUUAUUCAAGGGAUCCUAUUAAGGACCUCGUCAGGGAACAUUAUAUCGUCGGGAGCAGGGUUGACGGUGCGAUACACUGCCGACCAAGAAAGUCUAAAUCCAGGAAUUCGCUUCUUCGCCCAUUUCUCGUUCGUAUCAGAUAUCUCGGGAAACGAACUUGGUUGCGGAGGGCGUAUCGAAAUUGAUGGAAACACCGUACUCGAGGCCCCUUACAACAACCAUAUAAGGCCUUUCAUAGGAGGAGGAUACAUGUCUUGCGUGUGGACUGUAGUGGCUCAAGCUAACCGCAGGGUCCGAGCGACGUGGACAAGAGUAGAUACAUUGGAUGAAAGAGUCGGCAUCUUCGACCAUGAAACGCCCUCUUGGGACCACGAGGUAACUCGACUCCAAGGCCUGAUCGACUGGCAAAUGCCUGCCUUCACAUCGACCGGAAAUGUCAUCGUCGUGUAUCUUUUGCAAGACGCCUUCCAAUUCGUCAUCGGAAAUGGAUUUAGUCUUCAACUAGAACCAACAGACGGUAACAACGCCAAUCCUGGUUGCGGUGGCUCUCUCGUUCUUGCCGAAGGAACUUUACCAACAGCGAACAUCCGCUCACCUUACGACCCAAAUCGUCCGGAGACUUCAGACUCUAGCAUAAUGUGUUGGUGGUUUAUUACUGCUCCGUAUGGCUCUCAGGUCCAGGUCGACAUCAAUGACGUCACGACGACCACAAACGAGAGAGUGAGGAUCACCGAUGGGGCGACGCCUUCGAACAAUCCUUCGUUCGAGCGUACUUUCUCGGGUGCUGGUAUUGCAGGAGAAACACUGUUCUCCCAGGCUGGAGGCGUCACCAUUGCUCUUGAAGAUCUCUCUGCUGAAGGGCCGAAUGGACGCGGGUUUUCUCUAGAUGUCUCAAUUGCAGGACCGGGGUACUGCGAGAUCAUGGGUGACCCCCACUACACUUCCUUUGACGGGAAGCGAUUCGACUUUCAGGGCGACUGCGAAUACACCCUGCUGAAACCGUGCUCUCCUGAAACCGACCAGUUACCCGACUUCCAUCUCUAUGGGAACAACGUGAGGUUAGGCCCUUCAUCAAGGGUCUCCAUCCUGCGGCAAGUAUUCCUGACAUACAAUGGCACGACCUUCUCCAUCGGGCAACCUUCGGGGAGGACUCUUCGUGUUGAUGACCUAAAGGUGACGGCCCCGGUAAAUCAGAAUGGCGUGUCCAUUACCUACGCAUUCCCACUUAUAAUCAUUGAAACCGAAUUCGGACUCAGAGUAACAUACAACGGUGCUCACUUCGCAAAGGUGUACCUCAGUCCAUCCUUCUACGAUAAGACGUGUGGCUUGUGCGGGAAUUUUGACGGUAACCCGGAUAAUGACUUCACACUGCCAGAUGGGACAGUGACCGAUGACGUCAACCUCUUCGGAUUCAAGUGGAGUACAAACGAGGACUUCUGUGUCUUGAGUUCUGACCCAACUGAUGAUCCGUGUAAGAGAGACACUGCCCUAGCCAACCGGAUAGAACGGUCUUGUUCAAUCUUCGAUCCUAAACGUAAUGGAGGUAUCUUCGGAGACUGUUCAAACUUCGUUGAUCAUUUCAAUUUCUACACCUCGUGCCAAUAUGACCUCUGUUACACACACGAAUUGAACAAGAUUGUCUGUGCCAGCGUGCAGGAAUACAUAGUACUCUGCCAGGCUAGGAACCCUGGUGUCCUUAUAGGCGAAUGGAGAAACUGGAUUCCACAGUGUACUUUUGAUUGUCCCGAAGGGACGGGAUAUCGGAUGUGUGGAACGGCCUGCCCAAACACAUGCGCCGACCCCACCGCGGCCGACAACUGCCCUCGCCCCUGCCACGAGACCUGCCUUUGUCCUGAUGGCCUCGUGUUGGAUGGAGAAAAAUGCGUCGAAAUAGCUGAUUGUGGAUGUACCUUGCCCAACAAUGUCUACAUUUCUUCUGGAGAAGUCUGGAUCACACCGGACACGUGCGAAGAAAGAUGCAACUGCCAAGGAGGGAUCUUGACGUGCGAACCUCUAGGCUGUGGGGAUAAUGAGAUCUGUGCCGUGAGGAACGGAGUCAGAGGGUGCUACUGUCAAGAUAACUACAUUCUCAAUCCGAGUGGGGAAUGCGUACGAGCUCCCGCUGUCUGCACGAUCUCCGGUGACCCUCACUACCGGACCUUUGACCGGUUCUACCACCACUUCCAAGGCGACUGUAUGUAUACCCUGGUAAAACCCUGUCAAGCCUCUGAGCUCUUCCCGGACUUCCACAUCUGGGGUGACCCGGUCAAGAACCGCCCAGAUGCCACUGUCUCCUAUCUGCGCAAGGUCUUUCUGCUUCUAAACGGCACCACGUACACGCUUGGUCAACGCAAGGCUUUCCUUGUGGACGGCGUGGCCCAGUCAAACAUCGAUUAUCAGGACGGAUCCGUCCACGCUUGGGCGGAUCCUCGGUAUCUGACCCUGGAGACGAAAUUUGGAGUCAGAAUUCAAUUCAAUGGAGGAUCUUUGGCACACAUAUCUGUUUCUUAUGAUUUUUGGAACAAUGCCUGCGGACUUUGUGGUAACUUUGAUGGUAUCAGUACCAACGAAUUCACAACCAGUGAUGGAACUUUGACAAGGAAUGUUGAUGAGUUUGGUAAUAGUUGGCAGACGGGUACCGAGGAAUGCCAGGGCAUAGAUACCCCUCAGAAUCCGUGUGACGUUGACCAAGACAUGAGAACAGCAGCUGCCCGAGCUUGUAACAACCUCCAGGAUAUAAAUGGGCCGUUCCAGAACUGUUUGGACUUCGCGGAUCCGACGGACAUUUACACGUCAUGCCUUUUUGACGCAUGCGUGCUUGGUGCCGAUGAUGACGCCGUGUGCGACCAUUACGAUCAGUACACAGGGACUUGCCAAGCACUUGGCCAACAGCCCGGCGACUGGAGGAGUUCUCUUGCACAGUGUGCCUUCCUGUGCCUGGAACCCCAGCUGUACAACCCAUGUGGCUCACCGUGCCCGGCGACCUGCGCCAAUCCGACGGCACCUGAAAACUGUCAGGAAACAUGCAUCGAAACAUGCAGUUGUCCAGAUGGGUUGUUGCUCGAUGGAGAUAGUUGCGUCGAACCAGAUCGAUGUGGCUGUACCUACGAGGGAUCGUACUAUCCGAAUGGUGCGACCUGGACCAGUGUAGACUGUUCGUCGUCGUGCUCCUGUGUAUCUAGGGAAGUCGUGUGCAAUGAUAACUAUUGUCAUCCCGGCGAGGAGUGUGUUGUGGAUGCCCAAGGGGUACCUGGGUGUUACUGCCGUCGGGGACUUAGCCGCGUUGAUGGUGCUUGCGUAGGAGAGAUUCCACCAGCAGCAGAGAUCCGGGUCGUGUGCGACAAUGCGGUUAUGUCCGCCGUUGUUAACGGAGAUGAUCUUAGAGAAAACAUUCAACCCAAUGACUUUCCUGUGGGAGGAGCAGUAUGCGGUGUGUUCACAUAUGGGCCAACCUCGUUUACAUUCGAGAAGUUCUUUGAGUCCUGUGACGCACAUAUUGCUGCGACGGAGGGAGAGGGGAAUGACGUCAUUUUCGCCGAUGUCGCCACUGCGCCUCUGGAUGUAAUCACUGUGGGAGCAGCGAACCCGGAUGCGCGUACAGUAAUCUUCUGUGAAUUCCGACCACACUAACAAUUGCUGCUUCUUCCCGCCGAAAAUCCUUUUCCAUAGUACUUGCUUUCUUUCAGAUCGGUUUAAAAUGGUUGAAACCUAUGGGUUGAUUGAGCUACUAUAAUCAACUUUGUCUUUUUGGACUUUAUAUGUAUAACGAUUCUUUUGCAUUUUCUUAUUCAGCAUACAUCUAGUAGAGAAAGAAAUCUUGACCAUUUCUUGAUGUAUCACAUUGGAUAUUAUUAUGAGUGCUCUUGAUUUGGUUAUAUUUAUUUUAUUUCCACAUUCCAAUUACAAAAGUAUUUAGAAGUGUAAUCAUUUUCAAGAACUCAUAGAAAUAAGCAAAAAAGGCAUAAUGAUUGAUAUAAGUAACUUUAUUAUUAACGUAAUGAAUAUGAAUAAUGAUUAACAUUAAAAUCUUAAUUACGCUUGAAAAUUCCCCCCUCAUCUAAAUUUUUGAAAUAUUUAGAUAUCGAAAUGAACAUAAACAUAUUAUUGUAAAUGUAAUACUCUUCACGAAAACAUGGUUUAAUUUUCAAUUCCAGUUUUAGCUCUAAGGAGCUGAAAAAGUAAUUCUAUUUUCUAGAAUCUAGUAUCUAUCCUUUAAAUAUUAUAUUUCAAUAUUUAACAGAGUGAUUGGAUUUAUGAAUGGAAAUACUAUCUCAGAUGGAGCUCAAGUACAAUCAAUAGGCUUACAAUAAAGAUUUUGUAUCAUUCACCAAUUUUACACUCAAAUCUCUUUGUCUUAAAGUGAUAGGUUAACAUUGGUUUGACUUUUAACAAAUCUGAGCUAGAAGGUCACACUUGUCAUCUGUGUCUGUGAUAU